AGUGGUGCAGGCAUAGGAGGGCUUAUCCUCGCUAUCACGAUUGGCAAGUUUGCUGGGCGUGAUAUCCACAUAGACUUAUACGAAGCGCAUGAUGUCAUCACGACCGUUGGGGCUGGGAUUGUAGUCUCGCAACGUACGGCGGAGGUUAUGGUAGAACUCGGAUUGUAUGAAAAAUUCCCCCACCCUCCUCUAGUUAUGGUCUGUUUCGAGAACCUAUUGAGACCGGGAUCCAAUAUGCAUCGCAAGGAUCUCCUUGACAUUCUCACGCAAAGCAUUCCGUCCUCGUGCACUGUCCAAUUUAAUAAACGGCUUACCAAAUAUGAAAAGCAAUCACCAGGAUCACUCAUCCUCUACUUCGCUGACGACAGCACCUCGACCGCCGACGUGUUAGUAGGGGCAGACGGUAUCCGCUCAUCAGUGCGGAAGACAUUCUUCGAAGCACUAAGCCCAGACACCGUAGACCCAAGCAAGAUAAGACACUACAGUCAUCCAUCUUGGACCGGAACACUUGUCUAUCGUAGCGUCUUUCCAGCGGAGAAGCUCUCGAAAUUGGAUCCAAAUAACGUAGCUUUGAAGAAUUUCAUUAUAGUAAGUCCUCAGAAAGCGCACAUGGUCUCAUAUCCGGUUUCGCAAGGAACGCAGAUCAAUGUCGCAGCAUAUGCUUCUGAUGAACAGAAAGCUGGCACACCUUUUGAAGGCCGUUGGGUUUCAGAUGUAUCGCUAGAAGAGGUUGAGGAAGCAUUUCAGGACUUCGAGCCUGAUGCUAAGUGCCUUCUGAACGUAAUUUUGUUUCGAAAACCCUCAAGAUGGGCGCUUCACGUGGUAAAUGAAUUGCCGUUAGUCACUUGCGACAGAGUUGCGCUGAUAGGUGACGCGGCCCAUGCCAUGAUGCCCCACUGUGGCGCUGGAGCUGGUCAGGCAAUCGAGGAUGCUUUUGUACUUGGUCGCCUUCUUGCACACCCACUCACAACAUCGGAUAACGUGCCCGUCGCGCUGAAAGCAUACCAGGACGUCCGCCUCCCGUUCGCUCAAUUCGCAGCACGUGAAUCGAAACGUGCAGGAAAGAUGUUCGAUUUUCGUGCACCUGGUUAUUAUGAUGGGACAGAUCGAGGCAACGAACGAGAGGAGAUGGAGAUUCUGAAAGAGAAGAUCGUAGACCUAUGGGAUUGGGAAAGUAAAGGUGAAGGUGGUGCUGUUGCUGAAUGGGAAAAGGCAGAAAGGCAACUGCGGGAGGGUUCGUACAAUGUAGGAUAUGAGCUCAUCCUUUUAUGA